UGCUAUACAUACUGUGUUAUAAUAAAAACCAGCAAAAUAAUAGCUUAAAAGUACAAGGAACUAUUUUUUAUUAAGAUAAUGGAGUUUCUAUUAAGGCGCCUACUCAAACGUUAAUAGCAACGUGUUUCGCUUCUGCUAUAAAAUGUAAUAUUAUAGGAGUUUGCCGACAGUGUGGUCCACAAGUUGUUGGAUUUGGCACGGAUACCGCCAAUACCGGCAUUCGCAUUCAUUUUAUUUCAUUUAAUUACUAUUGGCAUUGCUCAAACAAUACAAUACUCAUUGGCAUUUCUUUAGAUAUACGAAUAAGGUUUUAGACACCUUGUUUGAUGUCCGUACUUUCUUAAUUUAUUAUUUUAAUUUUGACAAUAUAUAAAAACUUUUUAUCGGGAGGACAUUACAAAAUCCUUCUUGGUAUUCAUGCGAAAAGUUACAAAAAGAAAAAUAAAUAUUCUGUCUUUCACGAAGCAAAAUUCUUAAAUUGUAGAAUAAUGAAGUCCCGUAACAAAUAUAAUAUCAAAUGAGCACAAAAAUCCGCCAAAAUGGCGUACCUCGCUCUCCUCUGGAAAGCGCGAACUAUAGAAAAAUACAGACUGAAAUAUGAAAAAGAAAAAAUGAAUUCGAUAAAUUCCAAGACAGAAUUACGGAGCACUUUAUAUCAGAAAUGGACGGUAUACCGUGAUGAUUCGCAGAAGAAAAUCGAACAAAUUUACAGAAGCUUGUGCCCUGAGGGUUCGAGACUUGCGAAUUCAUGCACUUUUCUGAAGGAAAAUUCAAGUUUUAUUUUAAAAAUUGUGAUUGGUAUCGUCGGGGGAAUAUUGACAUAUUCCCUUUAUACUGUCUUCGUUUGUCAACUGUCUGUAUGGACUGUUUUGGGUUGGGCCAUUGGUGUGGCAAUAACUUUGGGCGUCGUUUUUAGUUCCACAGUCAGAUGCCUGGUUUUUCUGUUAAUACCUGGACUCUUCUCACGUGUCGGCCGGUACACCUUGGCCUGCUACGCUUUGGUUCUCAUCCUCACUGGACCAGCCACCAACACUUUGAAGAACCUGGAUACCCUCUCCGCUUCCUUGGCUUGUGGGCAGGAACAUAUAAAGUCCAGUGUUAAAGAGAUCAAGGAAUCAAAGGAAAGCCCGUUGAAUCUGCUCCAAGAAACAAUGAGCGGAACCAUAGAGAGGGUCCAAUAUUUGGCGACGAAAAUGAAGAAUAUGAUGGUGAGAAUAUAUCGCCUGGCCAUGAGUAUAGCUCACGUCCUCCAAUCUUCUUUGUCCUGGCUAAAUUACAUCGAACUAAUCUGUAACGAAAAACUAGAAACACCAUACGAGCACUGCACCAAAAUCCUUGCCCAAGGAACGAAAGAUUGCUAUAAGGAAUUCCCGGAACUCUCUAACCAGUGGGAUUGGAAGCUGAUUGUUCGAGCUGUGUGUUUUAAUCUGAGGCCUGCGGAACCGCUAUGUGUGGUUGGAGAUUUUGCUAAGGGAAGCAUUGUUGCUACUGUCAAGAAAAAACUAAAUACAUACUCAACCCGCGUGCAAUCCCUGCUCUCCGUCGACAUCCACAUCCGCCGUUCCCACUCUUGCUGCAACGGCAGCCAGCCCGUCAGUCAAGCGGCUGCCGGCGUCAUCACCGACCUGCGCAACCGCGCUGACACCCUGCUGGCGUGGCUGUCGUGGACUUGCGCGCUUACUGGCUUGUUCCUGAUGCUCAUUAUACUUAGAGCAAAGUACUACCUGCACAUGUUCAGAACGCGAUCUCGAUUUGACAACCGCUACGUGACAAAGGAACUUCGAGAGCUGGACCUGAAGAGGCAGAGGCAAGGCAGGGAGACGGUCCUGCCUCUGAAUACUAGGGAGAGGGCUAAAUAUGUUGCGACCUCGUCGAUCCGCUUGCUCCCUUCAGAGAGGAUGUACCUGACCAGAUCCAUAGUGUUCAUGGUCAUCACGACCCUCAAGCUGAUGAUCCACAUGGUGGCCGACUACAGCCUUUAUUGGGUUUUGAUGAACGUGCGGUUCCAUGGCAGUGAACAGAACAACUUUCAAUCUACCAAUCGCACAGAGAGAAUCCUAGUGUCAGGCUCAGGUCCUCUGGCCGCGACGGUCCGCGCGCUGCUGGAGGCACUCAGUGUGCCCCUCAUACUGCCCGCGACAUCCACGGCGGGCUGCCUGCCCGACCCGCACCCGCCGGACUUACGGCGAUACGCGCAGAUUGGGACCCUCAUUCUUCUGCUGUGGAUACUAGCGCUGUUCGAGCCUUAUGGCUUGAGACUGCGACACGUGAUCUCAGGCCGCUACGAGCCAGAACGAGCUAAGGCACGAGCAGUCUGGCUUUACUAUCACAUUAUUAGGACAAGAAGCUGUUUCCUGAAAUAUGCUAGAAGAAAACUACACAGACAAUACAAAUAUAUGUCGGAGGAGAAACACACAUUUAAAAAUUUGUUAAAUCAUUGUAUACCAUGCCAGUGGCUACGGAAUUUGCUGAGGGUGGGACCAGCCGAGCUGCAUUGCUUGCUGUGUUGUACGAAACACCGUCAAGAAGAUCUCGAUCGACAUCUGAGAAGAUGUGAAACGCCCUCGUGCCCCGGGGUGUACUGCGCCCGAUGUUUCAUGGACAUCGGGCAGCUCUGCACGAUCUGUUACUCACCCGAAGACUACGGUGACUUAAGCGAUGUCAGCCUGGAAAAGUUUGCUUCUGAUGAUAAUAGAAGUGACGAUUCUGAUUAUAACGGUGAUGAUAAUAUACCUCUCAUGGGAACACAAGAUUAUGAAAUAAAUGAGGAUGAAAAAGGCACAUGGAGUAAUCAUAAUAAGAAGAAAAAUAGUAGCGUAUUUUUGUAUUCAAGAUGUAGAAGUGAUAAUCACGAAUCAACACCGCUCUUAGAUUGUGAUUUUUUGAACAAAGAUUACACUCAACGAGGGAUGAUUAAAAUGAAAUGUAAUAAUAAUUUUAGUCAAGUAGAUGGAGAUUUUUCAAUGAAGAGCGAAGCCAUAUUUCAACCUAAUCAGAUUGAUAUGAAAGAUGAAAUAAUGGCAGAUAAAAUUAUACAAAAUAAUAAAGAUCAGGCAAAAUUAUCGACUUUAGACCAAAGUAGAAAAGCUCCAAUGGUUUUUGGAGAUACAGAAGUUACAGUAAACGGGAUUACAUUUCCCAAACGAAAAUUAGGUGCAAUUAUAAAGAUUAUGAUGCUCCUAACUACAAAGGAUGAGAAUUGUAAUAAAUACAAACGUAACGUUACUACCAAACGUAAACCAUUCGAAUAUGUUGUCAUGGAAAUGUUCCAGCCCUUUGAGCUAUUUCACAGAAUAUCUGUAGCAAGGCGUAAUAAAUGCAGUUGCGAUCGGUAUAAUGGUAACACUAAAGAAAGGAAUGAAACCUCUGAAAAAGAGAUUAGAUUUCUGUUUGACAAUCCAGGCUUCGCAAGGAAAACGAAUAGUACUGAAGCUAUACGAAAUAAAGAUUUACAGACAGACUUCAACUUUGUAAAAUCAGAACCUAUUUUGAAAUAUGUACAAAGUGCCCAAAAAAGAAAAGAACAUACAUUGAUGAAACUGACAAAAAAUUUGUGGUCUGCAAGGCGUAAUGUAAAACGUUUCUUGGACAUCAAAAAAUCAAUAACUAACAGUGUUAUAGAAAGGUCAAAGUAUUUUAGAAUUAAUUGUGAUAAAAGGUUCAUUUGUAAGAAACGAAAACGCAGAAAUAAAAGUGAUAUAGGUUUAGGGCUUAUGUCAAUAGUCAGUAAAGUUUUUAGUAAUAAAUCGGAUGAUAAUGUCGUGGGUGACAAUGUAGAAGACAAGUCUGGCGGUUUCGUGGAAGGAAAUAUUGCACCAGUGAACAUUAAGGCGUCGCUUGAUGAAAGGGAACAAGCAUCACGCGAUGCGAUGGGUUUUGAAAAUAGUCUAAUAUCUGCAAAGCAAAAUGGAUGUAAAAAUUACUCGCACAAUGUAAGCAAUUCUAGAAAUGAUAAAACUUUUGAUAUACAGGCUGCAGAUACAAGCCAUGAUAAAUGUCCUUCCAAAGAAUUAAACGACGUCAAUGAUAUAGAAAUUCAAAACAACAGUGAACUGAAAAGUAGUGCAGUUCAAACAAGACGCCAAAAUACCAAAAAACUUGGAUUUUGGGGAAGCCUUCGUGUAAGAAGAAGAAGGACUCGUUCACCACAUUUAUUUUCUAUCAGUCUUAAAAAUGAACCAUCCUUUUAUAACUUUUUUGCGAAUCAUAAAAGGAGGAAAAAGCGUAGAUUUAAAAAAGAAGAGAACGCUAUAAAAGGAAACAAUGUUAACGAUAAUAACACUAGGAGCUACAGAGAAUCUCGCAGUAUUGACGAGGAGGAAUCGUAUAAGAGGAUGGCUAAAUAUAAUGGCAUUAUGGAUAUGGAAAAUACUGAUAUUUUGUUGGAUCCUGACCCCAAAAUGUCUAAAUGUCCGAAAAAAGAAGAACAAAAGGACCCACAACGUGAAGUAAAGUUUACAGAUAAUGAAGUACAGAUUCAGAGGGCUGAACUAAAAGCAAAACCAACGGAGGAAAUGCACCAAGGUAAAAGAAGAGAGUAUGGUGUUCGGUCAGCCAGAGAGGUUAUCAUUUUAUUUACAGAUGACGAUAAAAACGUCAACGGCAACACCGCAGGUAAAACGUUCAACUUUAGUAAAAGGAUGAGGACUAUAUCGCAAAUAGCUUGCAACAUCAAAAAAAAUAAACGCCGAUCUGUUGCGUUUUCUGACGGAAUAGUGUUAAAAAUUUCAGAUACAGAUUGCGAAGAACGAAAACAUUUCAUUCAAGUUGAAUCGAACGAUCAACUAGAAAAUGAGCCACCAUGUAGUCACCCAAAAAUUGUCCAAUAUGGAAGCUCAGACGAGGAGAUAAAUAGUGAGGAAGACGAACAAACUAUGCAACCCGGACCUAUUGAACAUAUAGAAAGUGUACAAUCUGUAGAAACGAGACACUGUAUUAAUAACAUAAUUGAACUCGUAGAUCCUUGUGUCCAUGAAUGGAAAGUAGAGCCUAAGAAACGAGACGGUUCACAAACCGUUGUAAGUGAUGAGGAAGACGAAAGUUUAGAAAACUCUUCCCAUAGUAUGGUAAAUAGAUGCUUCCAGGUUAAAAUGAAUCGGAAUGAAAAUAAUAAAAAGAAAGAAUCGAUUGGUACUAAUAUCAAUAAUUCGGAGAAUUCUCUGGAGAACUCUAAAAGCACUCAAAUAAAAAACACAUGCAAAUGUAAUGACCACUUAAGGCGUGUCAUAGAAAAUGAUGCUGUAGCAAAAUUGCAAGAACGCUGGUGUCAUUGCGAAGCCCCGUGCGACGGGUGCCAGGCGCCAGCGGACAGUACAGCAGUGAAACAUAUCGAGACGCAAGCAUCGGCAAGCGUGCCGACGUACCAUACUGCUGUGCAGAGUUAUGGGGCUGAAUACGCCCCGAAGUACCGUGUCCAAACCAAACCGUUCAAGGGCAAAGUUAUAAAAGAAGUCACAGAAAGAUUAAUUUGGCCAGACAGCGAUGACGUAACAUUAGAAUACAAAGAUGAGACUGCGAAACCAAAGAGGAACAGAAACGAGACUGAAAAGGCCAAUAGAUCGACGACAACCAUAGCGAAGACGGUCGCCGAUGUCAGCACUAUUACCUCAGAUUGGUGGAGCCCGCUGUUUGAGAGAAAACCGAUGCGAAGAAAAACGGAUAUGGUAAUCGAAAAUAACUGGCAUGAAAUGAAACAUAAAACUCCCGUGGCGAAAUGGGAUCCAUUGUUACAUCAUAACGAUUUAGGCGGCGUUCUUUCAGCGUCUAACUAUUUAUUACAGUCGGAGGAGUGCUACAACCAGGUUUAUUCCAUGGACCUACUGACCUCAUCCCACUCACGUCUUAAGAAAUACUCCGUAAGCGAAAAGCCAAGUUUCAAAAUGUAUCGUCACUUGAGAAAAGGCUCUAAGGCAAGGAGACUAAACGAGUGCUGCGCGUGGCGUAAAAAAGUGCAUAGCAGCUCUGUGAACAUUACGCCGAAAUGGCGACCAGUCGUCACAGAAGAACAAGCUCACGCCCUGAAGUAUUACAAAUGCAGGAACCCCGUGGAUAAAAACAAGAAUGACAAACCCAGAAAAGUGAAACAAGAAAAGGACAGUGAACAGUACUCGAAUUCGCAAACAAACUCGAAUAUGUGGACGCCCAGUAUUUUUUCUAGCAGCUAUUGAUUUAUUUAUGAAAUGUGGAAGUUUUGUGUCAUUGAUUAAAGUACCUAGUAAAAGAA